GCCGCCAGCCAGCUUCUGGCGAUAAAAAGGCGCGAAAGUUUACAGCGAGGCCCCGGAUCACGAAAUGGCAACAACUGUUCGCCAUGAAGAUGUGGAGAGGGCAAGAGCUUGAAAAGCUCAUCAUCGUGCUCUAUCUGGUGGAAUACCCGAUCAUUCAGGCAAAACCAAUUUCAACAACUCGUCGUCGAGCAUGCAAACAUGUCGACAUCAGGAAAAUGCUUCGCAAUUCUAAUUAUUCUGUUUGCCGCAAACUGGAUGUUGGCGUUGAGGCCGUCUCUUGAUCUGUUUGCCAAAACAUUGAUGUCCUCCACGUCGCAGCAGACAAUAGAAGAACCCCAACAAGAAAUCCAUGACAUUCAAGGUUGCAUUGGUGGCAAAAGGACAUCCGGAGAUGCCAUUGUCAUGAUGAUUCAGAAGAAUCAUAGCACCUACUCCGGUGAACACUCCGUUGACAUUGGUGGUCCGCUGAUUACUCUGAAAGAAGCCUACCCACAGGUUUCCAAGGCAGAUAUCCUGCUGUGGCAUGAAGGCGACUUUACAUGGGAUGAUGUACCAAUCAACAAACUCGACGGCAUGAAUGUCAGACUUUGCAACUUGAAACAUGCGGAAGGAGCUUGGGGUCCUCCUCCCAAUGCUCAGGUUCCUCCAAAAAGUCCUGAAAUGCCGUGGUCUGUGGGAUACCGGAAUAUGAUCCGGUUCUAUGCUGUCACUGUCUGGGAUGUAUUAGCUGAUAUGGGAUAUGAAUAUGUGAUGAGGCUUGAUGACGACUCCAACUUUAUGUCCCCCAUCCAGUACAACUUGUUUGAUGCCCUUCGCAGUCAGGAUGCUGUCUAUGGGUACAGGAUGGAUGUAAGAGAGUGUGGGUCCACCGAUUUUGGACCGGAUGAAUUCUCCGGCUGGGUGGAUUCAUAUGUCAACAAGACACAGACGAACCCAAGACAUGGCCCAUUGACUGAAUCAUACUGCAAGAAAAUGGGAAGAUUUGGCUUCUACAACAACUUUUUUCUAACUCGUAUUGACUGGUGGCGACGACCUGAAGUGGUACACUUCGAAAAGGCAUUUGAUGAGUCCAAUUACAUAUACUCAAAACGGUACGGUGAUUUACUCUUUCAUACUGCUGCCAUCAAGCUGUUUGCAGAACCAAGAGAGGUUUUGAAAUAUGUGGACUGGUCUUAUGCCCAUGUGACUGUCAAUCACGGAGAAUGGGUGUAUGGUGGUGUCUCUUUUGGCACGGAGGAUCCCAGGAGGAAGAAAUCCAAAAAGAUCAAGCAUUUCCAAAAAUGGAUGAUGGACCGCUGGGGUCUCACGUUAGACCAGGUUGGCGUUCUUUCUUUUGAUUGCAAUGUCACCAAUCAUCUUUGUGGGGUAUCCAGUUGCGCCAAAACAGGAGAGCAUGGGAUAGAGUUACAGAUGGGUUUGCAGGGCACGGGGCCUUGGUGGCAAGCCCCAGCGCUCGUCCAGUGUUUACCAAAAGAACAAUGGCACAUGUUCGAAAAUUAGCUUUUCGUUGGCAGCAAUGAUUUAAAGUUUUAGACUUUGCUACGCAGUCCAACAAUACAUACCGUACAUGUUUGUGCGGGGCGGCUCAGAGUUUGUCAGUGACUAGCUAGGUAGCUCGAAGUGCAACUUCUUUGCUGAAACCAAACUAGCUAUUCUAAAGUUAGUCCUAGCUAUGCCACUAGAGAGAAUAUUGACUAUAUAUUUUGGGCGAUUGGGAAGAAUAUUAGUCUCGCAACCAGGUUGUGGUUUCGUUUGGGGUGCAGACCAGAACCGUGGGAACGAUAAUGCCGAUGACCACCCUUCUUCUACUAAACUCUUAAGCACAGUGAGCGCAACUCCUUGCACAACCAACAAAGAAGGGAGGAGUGGGACAGCCGGAUAUCGGAUAUAGCCAUGAGCUGUUACAGACCGCUCAGCAUUCGGAGCAAGAGCGCGGAUGCCUGCGUGGACACAGAUCCAAUCAGUGAUGCCGUCACGUACUGAGUACUCCUCCAAAUGGGUUCUUCAGACUUCUUUGGUUUCUAUUAAUAUCAGAUUCUGAUGUCUGAUGACAAAAUGAAGACAUUUUUCAUAACUAACGAAAAGACCCAAUGCUCCCUUACCUAAUAC